GAUUGCCCCUGCCCAGAUUCUCCCCAGCAACAGACGGACCCUCGUCUUUAGAAAAGUGCGAAACCAGGGAAAUUGAUUGCGUUAACCUAGGGGUCGCUCGAACACUUUUCUUUUAGAUUACAAGACACUCUCCACUCUCGCAACGUCUUUUUUCUGCACUAAUUUUGUUCAGCAUCGUCAUUCUCUUCCCUGUCAGUUUACCAGGAUAGCUCAGACCACUUUCUUUUAUCAGGUUUGGAUUGAGAAACCCCCGCCGCUUAUUACGCAAUAGCAAUCGUACCAGCAUAUUGGAAAAGCCCCUCGGAAUAGCGGCAACUUGGCCAACGCAUCACGCAUCUCAAGCUUGCCGUCUAUUGAAUAGCUGGAGAGUCGACAAAAAACAGACGACUGUUCUACUGCUUCUGCACCCGAUUAGUUUGUCGUACAGAAUACCCAGUACAGUCAAGUCUCUGGGGCUGUCUGUCACGCCAACGACACAUUCAUCAAGUGGCCGGGAAAGCAAAGCAGUGUUCUCGGCCGGCCCCGAUUGCUUCUUUUAAAUAGUUUCCAGCUCUACGAUCUCGGAAACCGGAGAAAAGCAAUGUCUACCCACCGCACCAAACGCCCCUUCGCCGGCGUGGCAUCCGACCCUGCCCAGCGCCAGAUCACAUCCUUCUUCUCGACCACCUCGUCGCCGUCACCAAGCGACGACGACAACAUCAGCGGCAGCGGAGGCCGUGCCUCGCAGCAUGCAACCGCACCCGUUCUGCCGGCUUCCAUCCAGUCGAGCCUGAUCAACGUCGGCAUGCGUGUCCGCAAGUCGGUCCCCGAGGGCUACAAGACGGGCAGCUAUGGCGGCUUCUCGCUGUGGUCGGACAAGCCCGCCAAGCAGGUGGCGACCACUGUCGACAUGAAGGCUGUGCCUGCCGCGAAGCCCACCUACGCGGGCGGCAACCGCGAACUGCUGCCUUUUUGCGGCAUCCACAGUGUCGGCGGGAUGGGCAGCCAGCCGGCAUUUGCCCCGGGAGCUUCUUCCGUUCCGGACUUGGAUGAUCUGCCAGGCUUGUCAAGCAGUCAAGAGUCAGUCGAGUCGAAUGAUCCGCUAGGGGCUACCGUGGUCAACUCCCGCAAGAGAGCCUAUGGAGACGAACGGGCCGACGAGGACGAAAGUCCUGAGCAGGCUGGCCUUCGCCUCUUCCGUCAACAGUUCCGAAAUGAUGGCGAGGUCAGCCCGCUGAGCCAGAACCCCGUGGGGUAUGGGAAUCCUCGCAUCAUGGCUGUGCCGCGCACUCGUCGGCAAGCUGGAGCUGGGGUGAAGAAUGGGGCCUUUAUGCAGGGCCAAGAGAACGUCAUCACGGCAAAAUCCGAUGACUUCCCAGAGGCUGAAUUUCUUGAGUAUACUUCGGACUUGGAGAUGGAUGUUGCUUAAGGCUUAACACAUGGUUUAUUUUUUCUUAUUGUAUGGGUUGGCUUUAGGCACAGAGGACGGAGACACUUUAGCAUGGCGUUACAAGGGAGCUCAGGUUUCAGGGUUCAACAUGAUCAUUGUACUAUUCGGAGCGGCACUGUUCAUGGAGGAUUAGGCUAGCAACCGGAAUCAUUCGCGUAAAAAACGAAAGCUUUUAAAGAGGGGUUCCUGUUACUUUUCCUAUCCCACAACCUACUUCAUAACCAGAUCUUGGCGUGAAGUCCUGUCCGUGCAGUCGUUGUCGCAAAAAAGGUUGUUUUUCCCCUCCCCCAAAAAUAGACGACCGGUUCGUGUGUAUCAACAUG